AUGAACGAAGAAGACCGCCGGAUGGAGGCGGAAGAACGAGAUGCGAGUCCAACACGCUUCUCAUCACAAGCAACCAGAACGGAACCAGUCGAAGAAGUCGAGCCAUCACCAGUCAACGGAAAGGAGAAGAGAGAGCGGCUGUCUCGUCAAGUCACGGCCAGCUCUACGUCCCAUUCUUCAACCGGAUCGAUACGACGACCCAGCAAUGCCGUCUCGCGCAUGACUACGCAGCAUGAAUUUGGUGACCUUGAAAGACAUCCAACUGCGCUUUCACGGAUACAGACCGGUCGGAGCCAGCACAGCCAUACCAUCGGGACAGGCAUUAGAAGUCGGACUUCGACCAGGCAGAGUAAGAAGCCUAUGCCAAAUUUUGGUGCGGGGAAGCCUUUUCCGCCACCAUUGCCGGAGCGUGAGGAAUAUGUGGUGGAAUUUGAUGGCCCUGAUGACCCGAUGCACGCACAGAACUGGCCCCUGAAGAAGAAGCUCGUAGUAGCGAUCGUCUUGGGCUAUGUCACUCUCACUGCUGCCUUCGGCUCCAGUAUCUUCUCUGCUGCGAUCCUGUCGGUAGCUGAGAAGUUCGAAGUUGGGCGUGAAGUGGGAGUCCUUGGUGUCUCUCUAUACGUCCUUGGGUUCGCGACUGGUCCACUCGUCUGGGCACCUGCGUCAGAACUAUACGGCCGCAAGUGGCCCAUCAUCAUCUCGUCUUUCGCCUUCAGCAUAUUCAAUCUGGCUGUUGCAGUCGCCAAGGACGUUCAGACAGUCUUCAUCUGCCGCUUCUUUGGUGGCUUCGCCGGCGCCUGUCCCCUGACUGUCGUAGGCGCGGUCUUCGCUGACAUGUUUAAUAAUAAGCAACGUGGACUCGCAGUCACCGUGUUUUCCAUGGCGGUCUUCGCUGGACCCUUGCUCGCACCAUUUAUUGGCGGCUUCAUCAACAUGUCCUAUCUCGGAUGGCGAUGGACAGAGUACAUCGCUGCCAUUAUGGGCUUUUUCGGGCUAGCGCUGGUCCUUCUAUUCCUCGAGGAGACGUACCCACCCAUCAUCCUCGUAGAAAAAGCUGCGGACCUUCGCAGACGGACGAAGAACUGGGGCAUCCACGCCAAGCAGGAGGAGAUUGAAAUCGACUUCCGUGAACUCGUUGAGAAGAACCUGAGCCGGCCGAUGAGGAUGCUGAUAUCAGAGCCCAUUGUUCUCGCGCUUUCCAUCUACAUGGCCUUCGUGUAUGGCUUGCUGUACUUGUUCCUCUCGUUCUACCCCAUCGUCUUCCAAGGCAUCCAUGGCUUCAACCAGGGCGUCGGAGGGCUUCCAUUCUUCGGCAUGAUCUGUGGAGAGUUCCUUAGCGGGGUCUACAUCGUUAUCCUCCAGCCCUCAUACAACCGCAAGCUAGCGGCCAACAACAACAUCCCAAUCCCCGAGUGGCGUCUUCCUCCGGCCAUCGUUGGCGGCGUGUCCUUUGCGAUUGGUCUUUUCUGGUUUGGCUGGACGGGCUACAGGCAGGACAUCCAUUGGAUCGCUCCUACUCUGUCAGGGCUCUGCACUGGCUUCGGCAUCAUGAGCAUAUUCCUGCAAUGCCUGAACUACCUGAUUGAUGCGUAUCUGAUGUUUGCCGCCUCCGCUAUCGCAGCCAACACCUUCCUGAGAUCGCUCGCCGGAGCCGGGUUCCCGUUAUUUGCCACGCAAAUGAUUGAAGGCAUGGGUGUCCAAUGGGCAGGGACUCUGUUGGGGUGCGUGGGCAUAUGCCUGGUUCCGUUGCCCAUCAUUUUCUACCUCAAAGGCGCAAAGAUCAGAGAGCGCAGUAGUUUUGCUCCAACGUUCAGCACAGCGAACGAAGCGCAUGCGCCUGUGGGGUCGGAAGUGGAUGAGGAGAAGGAUCUCUGA